AAUAUUUACAAAAUAGCUCUACCGUGCAGGUUUGGUCACAGUGAAUUGAUGAUUAACUAUUAUAUGAGUACAAAGUAUAAGAUAUAAUAAUGUAUAUAAUGUACAUAGAUUACGAGUUGUCCGCGUGUUUUCAUUUAGGCCGGCAGCGGGUUGGCGCUGGUAAUGCGCGCGGGUUUUCAAAGUGGGCGAGUCUUUAAAGAGGACAUCCGACCAGCUAGCCGGAGUUUGCUAGCUUUGUAAAGCUAAUUUUACUCGCAACGGUUAGCGGCGCCCGGCCAACAAUACAUGUAAACUGUUACUUAACUUGUUAUCGACUCACGGAUAUUUGAUCAAAUGUAUUCGCAGAGGUUAUUUAAAGCCCGACCGGGCAGGUUUUAAGUUGUUAUUACGUGGCUCUCGUUACCGCUAAGCUAGUUCGUCGCUGCUUUGCGAUGUAAACAAUAGUUAACGUGGCUAGCGGUUAGUUAGCUUCACACGUCGCUUAAAUAAAGGAACAAGUGGCUCAACAGAAUACACGUCUGUCCUAUCAAUGCCUACAGAGCACCCGCCACCUACAGGCUCUGUCUGCACCAUGUCUAUUGAUUUUGACAGUGCUGCUCUUCAGACCCAGCACGAUGAAGAAGAAUACGACCAGGAGGACUAUGCGAGAGAGCAAGAGCUGCACCAAUUGCUCACCGACCUGCCGGAUGACAUGCUGGAGGACAGCAUAGACUCCUCCCCAGAGCUGGAGUACUCUACAUGCAGCAAUAAAAACACUGGCAACAGCCCACAAUCGGCAUGGACUCCGCAAUGGUCAGAUCAUCCGAGGCCACCUUCUCAUGAACAGGACUGUGAAGUUGAUAAAGAGUAUGCUUAUGACGAUGGAGCCGUUCAGAACAAUGGACAUCACCCUCAAAUUCGACCUCUACCUAACACCUGGAGCCAGGAUCAUCAGUACACCCAGGGAGAUUAUACAUUCACCAGCAUGGGCUCCGAAAAAUCUCCCGAGACCAAGGAUUUCUCCACAGACGAGUACGAGUCUAAAGCGUACGCUCAAGGCUCUAAUGACGCUGUCCUGUAUGACGGAGAAGGAGGACGCAGAGACAUCCCAAACUACGGGGAUCACAACAACGGCAGAAACAAAUUUCAACCCGUAGUGUUGGACAGAGUGGACCAGCACCAUGCCACCUACAAUCCUCACCAUCCUGCCCAUCAACCAACCAUGUUCAACACACAGGCCGUUCAACAGGAAGGUCAAUUUGACCAUCUGCAAAGAGAAUUCCUUGACUCGACACAACAAACUCCUGAUAAAGAGCAACUUGCCCAGCUGCAGAUUCUACACAAGGCUCAGCAGAGGCAAAUUGAAGACUUGGAACGAAAACUGGAGGAUUCAAGGCGUAAUAUGAGAUAUAGCGAGCAUCAGUUUGCAAUUGCCAAAGAUGAAAAGGACGGCCUAGCAGUAAGCCUAAAGGAAUCGUGUCAACUGGUUGAAGAAGCCAAGGACCGAGAGGUUGAAAUGCAAAACAAAGUGAAGGCGAUGGAGCAGCAGGUCCAGGUCCUGACUGAGAGGGACCAGGAGAACUCGAAGAAGCAGAGGGUGGCAGAAGCCGCAGUGGACAGCAUGAAGCAGCAGAUGUUGGAACUCUGUCGCUCUGACACGCUGUCCAGGACGCGGCAGCAGCAUGACCGAGACCUCGCUGUCCUAAAGGAGCAGCAUGAGAACGCACUGUUGACCCUCCAGCAGGAGCUGGACUCGACCUCUCAGGCUCUGAACGAAAAGAUGGAUGUUGGUCAGAGGCUGCGAGAGCAGGUGACGCAACUGGAGCGCCAGAGAGAAGAAGAGCAACUAGAGAGAGCCAGAGUCGUCAACACCCUCACUCAGCGCCUGGAGGAGAGUCAGCUACAAUGUGCCCAGCUGCUGCAGACAGGUUCAGUGCAGGAGAUGAGUCAGAUACAAAUCAAACUCCAAAAGGCUCAAUCAGCCAAAGCGCUGAGUGAAGACAUGAACCAAGUCUUGCAGGAGGAUCUGUCUGAGUUGAAGGAGCAGAUCACUCUGUAUGAAUCUGCAGUGAAACACGGUGUUAUUGCAUUAGAGCUGAACAGUGACUGGCAGAACCACCUGUCCGACUCCUGUGUGGAUUUAGGGUUAAAGAAAACAAACAGGAAAAACGGCUUGCUGCACAGUACUGCCAUGGCUCACCUGUCGGACUCCAAGCUGCCCAAAGACGAAGCUUUGCGGCUGCUGCGAUUGGAGAUGCAGCGCUGCCUGGGCAGUCUGAAGGGGAAGCGGCAGAAGAUCAGUCAGCUGCAGGAGGAGCUCCAGGUCAGUCGGGGUCGACUGACCGCGCUGCAGACCCAGUUGGAUGAAGCCACGCUCUGCUCUUCGGUCAGAGAGAGCAGUCGGAUGAAACAUGGAGAUGUAACCGGAGAGUCUCAGAAAGAGUUUGCGAGACUACAGGAAGACAAACAACACUUGCAGGAUCAAGUAGAGGUGUUAGAAGAGAAGAACAUGGCGCUGAAACAGAGUGAGGAAAAGUUGAGGUCCGCCAACUUGGAGCUUUGCACUAAGAUGAGGGAGAUGAUCCAGGAACUGGACCAAGAGAAGCAGGAGGCUGCUCAGAGAGAUGAGCGGAUUCAUCAGCAGUACAGGGAUGACGUGGUGGAUCGGGUCAGAACAGAGCUCAUGCUGGAACACGACGCUCAGGUUGAACAGCUGACUGCACACCACCAGCAACAGCUCCAACAGUUCCAGACCCAGCUGUCUGAGACCAAUGAUAAGAUGCUGGCUGUGCAGGAGUGUUACAUAUCCGUCUGCAAGGAGAAGGACACGAUCGACAAGGAAGAGGCAGUGAGCCGAGUCAAUGAGCAAAAGAUGAGAGAAGAGAGUGCCACAGCUGUGGAGAAGCUGAGGGCGGAGCUUGAGGCUCAGCAUCAGGCCUCAAUAAACCAGCUCAAAGCUCUGUGGUCCAAAGAAAAGGGGACUGAGAUCCAGCAGCAGGUGAAUUCUCAGGUAGCCACGGCCAAGGCUGCUUGGAAGGAGGAAAUGCAAAAGAUGGAGAAGACCUGGGUCCAGAGGCUGGAGGAGGCCGGGAGAGAGAAGCACAAAGAGACCGCCGAGGCAAUCUGUCAGGCAGACGAGGUCGAGGCACGCAGUGUGACGAUUACUGUUGAGGAGCUGGAGUCCAGGCUCGGUGCCCAGAAGCAGCAGCUGCAACUGGACUCUGACAAAGUCAAAUGCAAAGCUGUGGAGGAAGCCAGGAAACAAACCCAGAGAGAGCUUCACGAGAAGCACCUGGAGAACAUGGCCAAACGGGUCGAAGGUGCAGUAACCCGGGCCUACCACCGAUGGAUCGAGGAUUUGACUUUAUUACCGGAAUACCAAGCCUCACUUCAAAAGGAGAGGGAGAAAUGGGAGGAGCUACAAGGAAAAUGCACAGAAAAACAGGUGUCCCAGGCCCUGAAGGAGGCCGAGGAGCAGAGCUCUGGACCACAGAGGGUGAAGGAUCUCCAAGAGGAGGUGGCAUCCCUCCACAGUCAGCUGGAGCAGGAGAGGAGAGAGCAAGCUGCUCUGCUGAAGGCGGAGCUGGCCGGAGCCAGAGCCGCCUGGAACCGAGACAAACAGGAGACCGCCGUCAUCCAGGGCCGCAGCGAGCAGCUUUACCAGAGCAAGCUGCAGGAGCAACGCAGAAAGAUGGAGCUGGCUUUGCAGCAGGCCAGAGAGGACGCCGAUCUCCGUAAGAAGGAGCUGCUCCUGCAGCUGGAAGCCAAGCUCCAACAGGCUCUGAGGGCCCGAGAGGAGGAGUGGAGAUGUCAGCAUGCGGAGAAGGAGCAGGCGCUGAGGAAGCAGACGAGAGACGAAUUACUAGCAGAGCUUCAGGCUGGACUGGCAGAGGUCCAGGCACAACUUCUCAGGGAUCCCCAAACAGAUCAGCAGAGCACCGAAGACAUCAAGAGGACCGGCGGGGCCACAUCAGAGGGCUCGAUAACGCACAUCAUCCAAGCAAUCUGCACCGAUCUCGUCAACAGAGCCGUGUCUCAAGCCAAGAAGGAGUGGAAGAAAGCAGACGAGGAGAAACUGAGCCGCGUGUUGAAGGAAACGCAGGAGCAGCACCAGAGAGAAAUCGACCAAAUGCUAAGUUCUUUGUCCGAGAAGACGGAGGCUCGCUGCAGGAAGGAGUGCACUGAGACGUUAGGUAAGCUGCAGAAGAAGAACCAGGAGCUCCAGAGGCACUUGGAGAAAGCCUGUCGUCAGCUCCAGCUCAGCGUACGCGGGCACAAAACGGCCGUGCAGCAUCUGAAAGAUGAGCAUGAAAGCAGCUUGCGAGAGGCAAAGGAGCGACAUCUGCAGCAGCUUGAGGAGGUGAAGAGCGCCAAAGAAUCCUCAUGGAGUUCUGACCACAACCCGCAUGUUCAGCACGGCCUCGAGGAGAUGAAGCUGCUCUACCUGAUGACUGUAGAGAAGAUCAGAGGAGACAUGCUGCGCUACCUCCAGGAGAGUCGGGAGCGAGCGGCCGAGAUGAUCCGCAUGGAGGUGCAGCGGGAGCGGCAGGACACCACCAGAAGGAUGCGGCGCUAUUAUCUGACCUGUCUGCAGGAGUUACUGGAGGACGGAGGAAAAACGACAGGGGCUGAAAAGAAAAUAAUGAAUGCCGCGAGCAAGCUGGCGGCCAUGGCUAAAGUCCUGGAGACGCCCUUUAAAAGUAAAUCCGGAAAAAAUUCCAGUUUGCAAAGUUGUUUGACGGUUGCGUCCGCAGCCGACUGCCUUCCAGGUAGAAGCGACGGCUCUAGCAGGAACCCGCCGACUCUUCCCGAGCGGCCCGACGCGCGGCCGGAGGAGAGAUCCCGCAGGGAAACGACGUCGGCUGAUUCAGCGCCGACGCUUCCGGCCGCAGCGAGAAGUAAACCUCCGAGUCACCCAGACGUCGCUCCAUCUGGGACGGAGGAGGAGGCCUCGGUCCACGUGAGGAGUAGAAGCAGGGAGCUGCACGCGGUGCAGGGAGUUCCCAGCCGCCUGGACUCUGAGCGCCAGAGGAGAGCGUUCCUCACCAGGGAGGCUCCGGUCCGAGAGGAGAGGCGCACCGACUGGAGCGCCACCAGCAGCGACUCCGACGCGGGCUUCCGGGUCUCCUCGCACUCGGGGAGGCGAGUGGAACCGGUGAAGCCCUUCUCUGUCGCCGCUGCGUCGGCGAGCGACUCUGUCGACCUCUCCCCGAACGCUUCCGACCUGACCGUCUACAACCAAAUCGCCAAUGACGACGUGAACUUCCAGCAUGCGAAGACGAGCGCGCACAGAGAGCCCACGCCCGGCUCCGAGCUGGAGACGCGGCGCGGAGCUCGCUCCGGGCCGCUGUUCUCCGAGUUGAGGCAGCGGCAGCAGGACAGCGGCUUCGACAGUCCGUUCAGCCAGCAGCCGUGACGGCGAGAAGCAGAGGAGAGCCUCUCGGACGGGGGGGGGUCACGUUUACAAGAUAGCAGGUUGCAGUGUGUUGAUGAAUAGUCUCACGGAUCAACAAAUGCACUCAUUUACUUUAUUGACGCGAGUUAAAUAAGAAGAUUGAAGUAGGAACUGGCUCUUUGUAAAGAUACCCGCCUCAGUCUCUCUGCUUCUCGAAGCUUCAUCAUUUAACUCCUGCACAACAAAGCAAGUGAGUGUAUUUCACAAAAAUAGUGAAUAGCGUUAACCUGUAGUUCGUCCAGUGUUUAUGAAACACUCCUCUACUUUUUGUUGGAUGUUAUUUAGGUCAAGUCUGCCGGCCGUCAUAUAUACCGUCGGAUGCCUCGUGUGACCUUCACUGAUGGCUCCUUGACCUCUGUACUGUAGGACUGGAGCAGGUGCAGUGUGUCUGUGUUUUUAUAUUUAAAGAUAUUUAUAUCACGUCCAUGAGAUAUGCUGUGCAUAGAUUAUAAAUGUUUUUUACUUUUUGAUUUAAAUUUGUUUUAAUAAAUCUUGUCAUUUUUUAUUGCA